ACGGAUGCAAGGCCAGCAGCGACUGAGGCUGAGCUGACCGAAAUUCUCAGCCUCCGGCCAAGCGGUGACAGGAAGUCACACGCGUACAUCACAAUACUGUAGUCUACUUACACUAAGCGGAAAGCUGACCAGUUUUGAAGCCGCUUUGAUAGGUUCUGAUCUGAAUUUAUCUGAAUAUAGGUCGAAAAGAAGAGGGACGAGGGGAGAAGGGAGGAAAAAGGAUGAAUGACAGGGAGAAUGGAAGGGGAGGGGGAGAAACAGGAGGAGGAGCAGAAGCACGUGGGGCUUCUUCUUCUUCUUCUUCUUCCUCCUCCUGUGCCUCUCCCGAUGACGUCGAGAGCGACACACAACAUCAACAACAACUGGUUAACUUGCAGUAUUUUGCUACCUGAGCACCCAAAGAGGCGAUCUUUCGCCUGUCAGUCGGUCGCUUUCUCACCACUGCCAGGGCGCGUGGGGCAUUUGUUUCCUGCCUGAGAGGGAUCCGCGACUCCUACGGAGCAAUUCAUGAUCCAAGUAAGGUGCAGACAUUCUAUCCAUAUCAUCUUUCUGAACGCUUGAUGCAUAAAAUCUAGUAAGGUCACUAGCUUUUCCAGCGGCUAUGAUAUAUGUACUGUGCUCAAAGGGGAUGGCAAGUUUAAGAAGUCUUGUCCGUCAUCGCCCAACACCGAUCUUGUACUCCAGUUUUGUUCUGUCACUCUACGCCUGACAUUUGGCACUUGCCAACUUCGGCUCCCCCCUUGAAGCACUCUCGGAAUAG